AUGUCACACCAUAAGAGACGGGUAUAUCCUUCACAACAGUUUAUUGUAUCUAAUGGCAAUCCUUCAUAUGAAGAUGAUCAGUCGAAUCUACCAUUUAUGCCGAUUCCUACCAGUCCCAGGUUGUCAACUGAUCCCGGUGGUUUAUAUUCUCCAGUUACUUUACAUACACCAAAGCCAAUGAUUCCAAUGACUGUAAAUCAGCAAUUGGAUUAUAUGACGUCUGAUCUAAGAAACUUGCAGAUUAGGCAAGAUGGGGCAUCACAGAGUAAUGUUUAUGGAUCUCCAAGAAAUUAUAGCUACUCCUUAGAUUAUGGUACUGUUCCUAAGGGAAAACCGAUGAAUCAUUUGUAUCCUAUAGAUUUAAUGGCUGAAUUACCUCCUCCGAUUCAUGACCUAACAUUGCCCCCUCCUCCGUUGCUUAUCCCACAACAACUUAGCUUAGUCCCUUCAGAAUAUUCGAAUUCGUCUCCAGAUUAUAUAAGAUGUACAUUAAAUGCAGUUCCUAAGAACCAUACUUUACUAAAGAAAUCAAAACUGCCCUUCGCCUUAGUGGUAAGACCUUAUCAAAAUUUGAAUGAUGAUGAGGACUCAGUUCCCUUGAGUGAUGACGGCUUGGUGCUACGUUGCAGAAGAUGCAGAGCAUAUAUUAACCCAUAUGUAACUUUUAUUGACCAAAGCAGAAGAUGGAAAUGUAAUUUCUGUAGAUUAGCGAAUGACUGUCCUUAUCAGAUUGAUAGAGGUUUGAAUAAUAGUAUUUCAAGCAGAUAUGAAAGACCAGAAUUAUCAAACGCAAUUAUCGAUUAUCUAGCACCAAAGGAAUAUAGCUUAAGACAACCACCACCUUCGGUGUAUCUGUUUAUUUUAGAUGUUUCUAGCAAAGCAAUGAAAAAUGGAUUUCUUGUUACUGUCGUCGCAACUAUCAUCGAAUCCCUAGAUUCAAUUCCAAAUCGUGACCAUAGAACGCAAGUCGGGGUAUUAUGUGUGGAUAAACAAAUUCAUUACUUUUCUGUACCUUUGGAUAUCGAUUCUGAUAAAAUUUCUAUGAUGGAUAUUGGUGAUUUAGACGAACCAUUUAUACCCCAAGCGUCAAAGAUUGUAGUACAUCUAGCAUCAUGUAUAAACAAUCUGAAAAAUGUAUUGAAAACAAUACCUGACUUAUUUAUGCACAAUAAUUCAACAUACUUCGCAUUAGGACCUGCUUUAAGAAGCGCUUCUAAAUUAAUUGAACAUAUUGGCGGUAAAAUUAUACUGUUUAGUUCGACAUUGCCAAAUAUUGGAAUUGGAAGAUUAAGAAAUAGACUAGACGGAAAUGUAACCAAAGAUGUCACUGAAUUACUCUCCUGCCAAGAUUCAUUCUACAAAUCAUUUACUGUAGAUUGCAGUAAAUUUCAAAUUACAAUUGAUUCAUUUAUUGCUUCAAAUCACUAUAUGGAUAUUGCCUCAAUUUCUAACUUAGCAAGGUAUACAGGUGGACAGACUCAUUUCUAUCCUGGAUUUUCUGCCUCGAAAUUAGCUGAUGUAAGCAAAGUUACAAAAGAAAUAUCAAAGCAUUUAUCGAUGGACCUAAAUUUAGAAACUGUGGUGAGAGUAAGAAGUAGUGUAGGAAUAAUCUCUAAUACGUUCUAUGGCCAUUUUUUUAACAGAUCGUCUGAUUUGUGUGCUUUCUCUACUAUGCCAAGAGAUCAGUCUUAUUUAUUUGAACUCUCACUAGAAGAAACACUUGUAACCGAGUAUUGCUAUUUCCAGGUAGCUAUAUUGUUUUCGGAAAAUACUGGGGAAAGGAAAAUUCGAGUAAUGACACUUGCUUUACCUACUACUGACGCUUUGGAAGAUUUAUAUGCUUCAGCUGAUCAGUUAUCAAUGGUGACAUAUUUUACCCAAAAGUGUGUCGAAAAAGCCCUUACAAAAAGUUUGGAUGAUUCACGAGAAUUUGCUGUAAGAUCAUUACAAGAAAUGCUCCUAGUUUACAAAAGGGAUAUAGCAAAGAAUAAUAAUAUUACCACAAACUCUUUGAAAUUUUGUGCCAAUCUCAGAAUGUUUCCAUUGCUAAUCAAUUCUUUACUAAAACAUAUUGCCUUUAGAUCCGGUAUUGUGCCAAUUGAUCAUAGAGCAAUUGCAUUGAAUCAACUAGAAUCAGCCCCAAUUCCACAUCUCAUUAAAUUAUUGUAUCCGACCAUUUAUUCAUUGCAUGACAUCCCUGAUGGAGUAGGCUACCCAAAUGAUGAAGGUUAUGUCGUUUUGCCAUCCAUAUUGAACGCAUCAACGACACUCAUAGAAAGAUAUGGAUUGUAUCUUAUUGAUAAUGACAACGAAUUAUUUUUAUGGAUCGGUGGUGACGCAGUAGUUGAAUUGAUACAAGAUUUAUUUGGAAUAUCUGAUAUUUACAGUAUACCACUAGGUAAACAAGAGUUGCCAAUUUUAGAAAAUUCAGACUUCAAUGUGAGAAUCAGAAAUAUUAUUGAAAAGCUCAGAGAGUGCAAUGAUAUGAUUACCUAUAAAUCGUUAUAUAUAGUGAGAGGACCUUCCCUUAACGAACCGGUUACAUCUACUACAAGCAGAGAGAUUGCAACUUUGCGUUUAUGGGCAUCCAGUGCUCUUGUUGAAGAUAGAAUCCUAAAUAAUGAAGGAUAUAGAGAAUUUUUACAAAAUUUAAGGAUAAGAAUCAGUAGGUGA